AUGGAGCCCAAGGACCACUACACCGCCAAACAUUUCAGACGCUAUGCUCGUAAAGAGUUUCCAGAUCAGUACGCCCUGUUUCGGGACCUCUACAUGUACAAUUUCGAGAACAAGACGUAUGUAGACAAGAAUCACGCAGCCCACGAUGUCAGUGUGCUCCUUGUUGGUCAUUAUCGCGCGCGAAAGGGUGGCCCUCCAGUUUGGGCACAGGCGACAGAAACUUGCGUAAAGUACUAUCAAGGCAAGAUGGGCGACAUUCUCUGCACACCGAUCCCAGAAGAACAUGUCACUCGCAUUUAUUACUUCGCGACAUACAGCUCCGUUGUUGGAACGCAGGUAGCCAAGAGCAGGGUCGCUGGCAGGAGAGCGGAACACUACUUUGCCGAAACGAUCUUCAGCGUCCUCUUCCUCUUGACUGGCCGCCUCGAGCAGGUCAGCAAUCCUGGCAAGACGGACAUGCUAAGUAACUUCAAAUACGUAUGCAUGAGCACCAUGCCGAAGCCAAAAGUUCAAGAGCUUGUCUCUCCUACCGUUGUCCAGCGACCGGCGCUUCAUCAAGCACACGAUACUGUCGAGCGAGAGAACAGGAAGCGCAAGCGAUCCACUCAUGAUCACGGUCAGCGUAUCAAAAAGGAGGAUGAUGCCAGCACUGCCGCAGAGUAUUCUACGAACCGUCCAGGCCCAUCAUCUCCAUCUUGGACUAGACGUGUACAGCACUCGUCUUCUCAAUCUCCUCUUCCCUACAGACUCUCAAGACACGCUUCUCGGGAAUCUCUUCUGGUUCAACCCCGCGACUUCGAGCUCGAGCAGGAGAAGCGUGCCCACUCCGACGAAGUCCAAGCCCUGCAAGGCAAACUGAACGAACAAGUAUUGAGGGCUCAAGCCGCUGAGGAGAAGGUGUUCCGCCAGAAGAAGAAGCGCAAACGCGCUGAAACGCAAAUCGAGGACCUGAUAAGCCAGGCAAGGAUGCUGGAAGAGAGGAACGAAUCCUUAGAGGUCGAAUGCGUUGGACCUAGGCGCCACACCUGUAAGGCGAGGAUUGAAGGCCAGAAGAAGGAGAUCAACAGGAUCAGGCAAUCUGUUUUGGCUCGCAACGAGACGAUCUCGCGAUUGCGUAAGGCAUUGGCGGAGAUGGACAAGGCUUUUGGUGCAGGAAAUGGACUUCCGGUUGGCGAAACAGUAGUCUCCAAAGAAGGACCAGGAUGA